UAAUCAAACAACACGCGUAAACGUAUUUCAACGUGCUCCUCAGUGAAGCGGUUUUUUUACUAAAAAAUAAUCGCCGAGAGGCUGCUAAUUGCAAAAAAAAUUCAAAUCUAUUUUCUGGAUACCGUGAAAAACAACCAAAAAUAAUGGCAGACGAAGUCAACCCCAAAGCUUACCCCCUCGCCGAUGCCAUCCUCACAGCAAAAAUUUUGAAUUUAGUUCAACAAGCGAUGAACUACAAACAACUGCGUAAGGGUGCUAACGAGGCAACAAAAACCCUGAAUCGUGGUCUGUCCGAAUUCAUAGUAAUGGCAGCUGAUGCAGAACCAUUAGAGAUUCUCCUUCACUUGCCACUACUUUGCGAGGAUAAGAAUGUUCCUUAUGUCUUCGUAAGGAGUAAACAAGCCCUAGGAAGGGCCUGCGGUGUCUCACGGCCAGUGGUCGCAUGUUCAGUGACUGUUAACGAGGGAUCACAGCUGAAGCCACAGAUUCAGGCCAUUCAACAGGAAAUUGAACGUCUUUUGGUUUAAUUCAAUUUUAUAACAUGUUCAAUGAGUAGGCAAUUUAUGGAUUAUUUUGCUAUCAUUUUUUGUUUGACCAUUUGACCGAAAUUUCACUCUCUUGCUAUCGGAGGGAAUUUCGUUUGAUUUGAUAUUGUUCCGGAUUUUAUGUGUCUACUCAUUGCCCUCAAUUAUAGAAUUGUACCUGAAUCAAACACUCUUAUUACCGCAGUAAUUAUGCCACCUUUGUGAUUAUGCGUCACAAAUUAAUUAAAUCACAUUUGUAUGCCAAAAUGAUUAAAAUCAGUAAAAAAACGGAAAA